AUGGCGGUAACCAGCACAAUUUCAAGUGUCGUCAAAGACAUGGAAUCGUUCCUCAAAAGCCAAGGCAAUCCAAUUGGAGACCAUGUGGGUUUCCUUGACAAAUUCGAAAAGUACAUUCACAUUGAAGAAGAGGUCACACUGUCUAAAAACAUCUUCAUUCUCAACUCUCUUGGCCCAAAAAUUGAGAAAUCAAACUCUCCCAUUUACUGCCAACAAAAGGAGACCAGGAUAUUUAUUUCCCCGUUAAUCUGGGCUGCUGGAUGCGGCCUUGGCGACGUUGUGUCCAUGAUUUUGGACGUCACAAAGGUUGACGGGAAUUUUAGGCCUGAUGUGGCACCCGAUCAGGGGCCUAUCACUGCUCUCUUUUUGGCUCUUUGCUAUGGGCAUGCCAAAAUAGCCAAGACGCUCUUGGAGGUAAGAGCUAAACCAGAAGCAUCUUUCAGUGUCAAUGCUCUUCACGCUGCCGCCAGAUGA